CCGAAACGCGUAUCCGCGAAUCGAUCUUGCGCAUCUGGAGUGACAGUCGCGGACGUUUGCAAGACAACGUACGAGGAGAUAAAGAAAGACAAAAAGCACCGAUAUGUGAUUUUCUACAUCAAAGACGAAAGGCAGAUAGAUGUCGAAGUUAUCGGACCUCGCGACGCGGCUUAUGACGCUUUCCUCGAGGAUUUACAGAAGGGCGGCAGCGGGGAAUGCCGUUAUGGCCUGUUUGACUUUGAAUAUACCCAUCAAUGUCAGGGUACUUCCGAGGCAUCCAAGAAACAGAAAUUAUUCCUGAUGUCGUGGUGUCCCGACACGGCCAAGGUUAAGAAGAAGAUGUUGUACUCGAGUUCCUUCGAUGCUUUGAAAAAGUCGCUGGUCGGUGUGCAAAAGUAUAUACAGGCGACAGACUUGUCGGAGGCAUCUGAGGAGGCUGUCGAGGAGAAACUUCGAGCUACUGACAGGAAUUAGGAGUAUUCCAGCAAAACCCAAAACCACUAUUACGAGAUAAGAAAAAAGAAAAUCAA